CGUUUUUUUGAUAACCAAACUGACGCUUUCUCAAUAUAAUCACCUGGCAACACUGUAUAGCAUGCAUCACAAAAUGAAUUUUUUUCUCGCAGUUUAUUAUCAAGUUGUGCACCUGACAACCAGAUGGUGCUGCUUGCCCUACUCUUAUGAAGGCUCGCAAUUCGCCCAAUCACAUAUGUCAAACGUUGAGCUAAUACCGUAUGUCAAAGUUUUGACACAGCAAUAACUUCCUGAAUGACUGAAAAUUUCAUUCUGGAUUUGGCACGUGAUUCGACAAUUAAGCGUGGCUGUUGCCGGUAUUCCACAUUGGUCAUUUCCGAGCAACAAUUUCAAUUUUUCAAACGAUUUGUAAAAGUCGUGGCAUUGGCGUAUUCGGUAAUGAUGAUUGAGGAAACUGGUAUACCUGCUGAUAUAUGGCGUUUCUACCUUGCUUGUGCGCGUCCCGAAGGACAAGAUUCUAGCUUUAGUUGGAAUGACUUAGCGGCGCGUAAUAAUUCCGACUUGCUAAACAAUCUGGGCAAUUUUGUAAAUCGUGCGUUAGUCUUUUGCGAAAAGAACUUUGAUGGCGUCACACAAGCCAUGACCCUAACCAAGGACGAACUCGUACUUUUGGCACUUAUAAAUCGUGAAGUCCGUGGCUAUGUAAACUCACUUGAAAAGGCCAAAUUACGUGAUGGCAUUCGACAUUUGCUUUCAAUUUCUCGCCAAGGCAAUGGUUAUAUGCAAGCGCAACAGCCGUGGGUGUUACUGAAAGGCAAUUAAAUGCCAAGCAAACUCAGCUGAUAAGCCCGCAUACGGAAAAAGCUACUGAAUCCGAACUGGUCAUAUUUGGCAAAAAAGGCCUUGCAUGGACAAAUUUUAACUAAGGCCAAGA